AUGGCCCAGUACACAAUCGGCUGGAGGUGGGAGGAGCGGCGGGCAGGGGGCUGCGCGGAGCGGCCGGGCGCUGCCCGCCUCCGGCGACUGCUGCUGCUGCUCGUCCUGCUGCCCGGGGCCCGCGCGCAGCACGGUACCAAACAACAGCAAAUAAAUGUUGCCCCCUCUACAAAGUCUUUUGACAACUGGAGAUCUAGAUUAUCACCAACAUGGCCUUCCAUGGAUAUUAAGUCCUCCUCAGUGGCUGACAUUUCGAUGGGACAGACCCGGGAGAAUGCAAACUUGCUUCAGAUGAUAAAAACAACACUCACUGGCACACGUACCAGAAUUAUGGAUCAAACCAAUUUUUCACCAGCUCUUUACCAGGGCAGUGGUAAUAGUGCAUCCCAGGAACCUGCUGAAGUUUCAGCUGAAUCACCAUUUAGACCAUCAUCUCAAGAUGCAGAUGAAAAAGCUGCUGUAUCAGGUUUGCCUCAACUCAGUAUGUUUGCCACAUUGUCCACAACACCAUCAGUGACACAUUCAACUACGGCUGUGCCAUCUCAGCUAAUAUCAUUAGAUACACCCUCCAUUUCAAAAGAAAGCACACCAGGAUCAGACAUUCCUCCAACUGUUCCAUCACCAUCAUUUUCUUCAUUGGCAAUACAAUCACCUCAUACCAUUAUCUUUGCUAAGUCUACUGUGCUACCCACCAAAGUGCCUUUAUCCACAGACACUGAAAGUUCCAUCAGCAAAGAUUCAAGUAGUUCUCAUGUUAGUGCAAGCAGGGGCAACUCACUAAGUGUGGGCACUGCUGUAAAUCCCAGCACAGUGAAUCACACAUUAUCAAGAAAAGGGCCCAGACUGCUUACAGGUACAACAUCUCUUAAUAUCUUUGGAUCAAUGAUGGUGCAUUCGACAAAGACACUGGCAAGAGAGUCACCCUUAGAAAGUACUGCCUUCUUAUCUUUACACACUUCUGCUCCUCUAUCAGUAAUGUUAUAUCCAUCCUCCCAACCAGUAGCUUCCAAAAGUGCAUCGUGGCUUCCUAUUGAAAGAAUGUCCUUGUCACAUUCAAGAGAUGAUGUGUUGUCUUCUGGAGAAAGUCUUUCCAAUCAGCCAUUCAAAGCAGUGGUGACUGACAAAGAGAAUUAUAUCAGUCCAUCUGUGUCACCAGAAGCCUUUAAGAAUAAAUCAGAAAUUUACAUGAAUAAUACUUUAUUCCUCCAUACUAUGGAUCUUCUACACACAUUACUGAAAGUGACAAGUCAUCAGUCUUCCUCAGCAUUGACUAAUGACAUGCUAGGUUCUCUCAAGCCAGUAUUUCUAUCACCAGCUUCUGUGAGUCCAUUGGGAGUCUCCCAUUCAACAGAAAAUAAGUCGUCCUUCACAAUGCCAAAAACAUUUUUUACAGAUGCACUAAACACUAGCAAUGCAGUAGUUCCAGCACCAGCAAAUGAAUCAGAUUUUCUUGUUAAAAAUGCCACACUCCCCUAUUCAACAGAUACAAUGACUUCCUUAAUAACUGAGGCAAAUCAGACCUCUAAUAUUACAGCACUUAUUAACAAUGCUACAAAUUAUGAGAACACAUUGAUGUUUUCACUAGUAAAUAUUUCAUUACCUCAUUCAACAAUGUCAGCCAAUCAGGUUUUUUCAAAGGAGGUAACUCAGGCAGCUCCUGAAGCUAAUGCCAUGCUACCAACUGAGUUUGAACCACCACAACUUUCUGAUGGUUCUUCAGGGAGAGCAGCAGCCUAUCGAUCUUUUACAAGAGAUACUGUAGCCAAAAUAUACACCAACAUGAAAGCUAACCAUGUCCUGCCAUAUGAUUCUCAAUACUCCAGACCUCCUUCAGCAUCGCCUGCCAGCGAACACACCGCAGGGACAACAACGCCUGAAAGAAUUUUGCAAACAGAAAGCACGAGUCCUGUUACACCUGUUACAUCAUUGGCCACUUCUGCUGCAGGCUUUUCAAAAUUUAUACAUGCUAUCAUAAAUACAUCUGCUCUUCAUAAUUCUAAAACUUCACAGGUUUCAAGUCCUAAUGGACAAAGUCUGGCAGAUUUAAUAGAUAAUGAAGAAAGCAAUGUGGAAGCAUCUACCAUUGUCACUCCACGUACAGGAUAUUUACAUCUACCACCCUUAAAUAAAUCUGAAGUUACCAGUGGUCAGUUUUCAAAUGCAAGUUAUUCAAAUCCAUUUACUCCUAUUGUGUCCUCAGAACUCUAUAAAUUGUCGCCAUAUGUUCCAGUGACAGAAACUACACUCAGCAAAGCCUCAACCGUCUCUAUUUCAAUUGCUGUCCCAGAAAACAGUUUAGAUAUUACAAAAUCUCCAAAAGCCUCAGCUUUAGCUUCUAAAUGGUCCCUUACAGCCUUGAUUUCUAGUGGUUCUUCAACAAAAGAAGCAGCCAAAAUGGCAAUAACAGAAGUUAUUCCAAGCACUUCUUCAUUAGAAACUGAUUAUCAUGGCAUAGAUUCAGCAAUCUCACAUCUACAACAGCAAAUAAAUAAUAUUAGGAGCAAACAAACAACCCUCUCUCUGACUUCAGCAAUCUAUACCUCUGCAACAUUGACUCAUAAUUCUUCAGUUUCACCUGUUAUUGGAAUUAAGACUAAAAAUUUCACAAACUUUAACCUGUAUUCAUCUGCUUUGGAAAUGUCUACUGUUCAAUAUUCAUCCCCUUCCCCCACUACGGUAAUACCUGCAGCUCAGUCAGAAAAGCAUAUCAACACACCUCAAAAUGUCACUAAAUUGUUUACCAGCAGGGAUGUUAAUUUCACCUCAAAAUCUGAAACAUCAGUGCAUGUGUUUGUGCCAGCAGCUAAGGAUUUUGCAGCUAAUGAUACGAGCACUGUUUCUAGCAUGCUGAGUUCUGAUACAGCUAAUGCUCAAAAAGUCUCUUCAACAAAUACUUUAUAUUCAACACCAUCUGAACUCGGACUGGCUUCUCAAUUUACUGGCAACUGGACUGUUUCAUCUGAUAAUGAAAUAGUUAUCAGUGAUACACAACCAACAGUUUCUCCCUCUCUAGUAGUCAAAUCAUCCUCAAGCUCAGCAUUGAUAUCGAGUCUUAUUACAGAAGAAUACAUGACUCCUGGAAAUCAGAGGGACUUUACAAAUAGCUCUGUUUCAGAACCAUCUAGCCAGUUGACGACUAUUGUCCAAAAUCCAACUAUAUUAGUUCCUGUACCUAAUGAAGUUACUGAGGGCACCCCAUUGCAAACACCUACCACCAAUGCUUUGCAGUCAAUCAUCAUAACUUCUGUCCAUGAAUCACCAACACCACUAACUUCUGCUUUUUUGUCAACAACCAACUUUACCCAUUCUGUCAUUUCAGUGUUAUCUUCAGUGUCUCCUGGUGCAAUACCUACAGUAGGAACUUCAGAAGCAAAACCAUUUACAGGAGAAUCAGCUCCAACUUCAUCAGUGCCAACUUCAUCCUUGUUUUCUCUAGGCACUGAAAACACACCCCUGCCAUCUGUGAUGGCAUUAAGCACACUGAUAUCAACACUUGCAAAAAACAACACUGCCACAAAAAUGACAUCGAUUCUAAACUCAGUAGCAACACACACAGGCUUUCCAUUUGCACCAAGAAACACAUCUAUGUCACCCCCACGCACUGCUACUAUAUUUCUAACCUCUAAAGUUAGCAGAGUCACAGGUUCCACACUAGCAUCCACAACACAUGCACCAAGACAGAUAGAAACAACAGUACCUAACACCAUGAAAAUCACAAGCUCAGAAAUCACCAAAACAUCAACUCCCUACCCACUGACAAUUACAGCAGCUUUGACAUCUGUUACAGCAUCAGCGAAAACAACUAGGCUUCCUCCUACUCCAGUGGAAAGCACUUCUGCUGCUCCUGCAACUUCAAGCGCAACUUUCGCUAACACGACUGCAGUUCCUGCCUUGGAAUGCCAGCAGUCCAGGAACCUUAUGGUUAAAACAGUUCUGCUUCUGAACACAAGAAGGCUGCUGAUCAGCGAUUCCUUAAAAGAGAAUGUGACAAAAGGACUCACCCUGGUCUUGCGACAGGCUUUCAACCAAAAUGUCAAUGCUCAAGUUGAAAUUCUGGAACAAUCAAAUAACGUGACAGUUGGUUACUACGUUACACAGGGGAGGUUGGUUUUUAUACCUGCUGCAGUUAUUGAAAUGCUUAUUGCUUAUGGUGUUAGCAAUGCCACAGCGGACAUAAAGCAGCAUGUGCCAAAUCUUCAGUCUGUUGCUGUACUGGCUUUGCCAUGGAAUCCAUUGCCUGCCUACCACCUCCAGCUGAAAACAGAGCUGCAGUUUGUGGGUCAAACAGACAAUAUACAGUCAUGCAAGUUUGUUCAGACUAUGGAGCAGCGGUUACAGAGAGCAUUCCAGGAUGCUGAAAGGAAGGUCUUAAACACCAGCAACAACUUAACAGUUCAGAUUUUGAACACUUCAAAUAUUUCCCAGGGUGUCACUUUAUUUUAUGUGGUGAGCAAUCAAAGCACAACUCUAAAUGGCACCGUUUCCAGCAACCUGCUUAAUCAGCUCUCAGCUGAACUGGUGGGAUUCUAUCUUACCUACCCACCUCUGACUAUUGCCGAAUCUUUGGAGUAUCCAAACCUUGAUGUCUCAGAAUCAACUAGAGACUACUGGGUGAUUACAGUUAUACAAGGGGUUGACAUUACAUUAUUGGGAUUGAACAACCAGAGCUUUGCAAGACUGAUGGAGCAGCGUCUGGCCCCACUUUUCAUGAUGUCCCAUCAACAAGGAAGACGAUUUAAACGUGCUACUACAGUGGGCAGCUACACUGUGCAGAUGGUAAAAAUGCAGCGUAUUCCAGGUCCCAAGGAGCCUGCUGAACUGACUUACUAUACUUUAUACAAUGGAAAACCGUUGCUGGGCACUGCAGCUGCCAAAAUUCUGAGCACUGUUGAUUCACAAAGGAUGGCCUUGACAUUAGGUUAUGUCAUCCAAGUACAAGCUGAUCCUGUGGUGAAAAACCCACCCAACAACUUGUGGAUCAUUGCGGCUGUGUUGGCUCCUAUUGCUGUGGUUACAGUUAUCAUUAUCAUCAUCACAGCAGUUCUGUGUAGGAAGAACAAGAAUGACUUCAAGCCAGACACCAUGAUGAAUCUGCCUCAAAGAGCUAAACCUGUGCAAGGCUUUGACUAUGCCAAGCAACAUUUAGGUCAGCAGGGAGCUGAAGAUGAGGUUUUGCCUGUAACUCAGGAGACUGUAGUGCUACCACUUCCAGUUAGAGAUGCACCUGCCUCUCAGGAAAGAGAAAUUACUCAAGAUGGAAGCACCAUUAAAACUGCCAAGUCCAAUGAAACAAGGAAAAGCAGGUCGCCUAGUCAGAACGGUUCUGUCAUCACCAACGAAUCAGGAAAGCCCAGCUCAGGCAGAAGCUCUCCACAGAAAGUAAUGGCACAGCAGAAAGUGACAAAAGAUGAGGGAAGAAAAAGAAAUGGUUUUAAAUCCUCAAAGAAAAUUGUGCCCAUAAGUGAUGAAGAGGAAGGAGGCAUUCUCUUUGAUAACAGCAUUGCUAAAUCUGCCAUUGAUCCCUUCGACACAUCUUCUGGAUCUGUACAACUGAUCGCUAUAAAACCUGUGGCAUUGCCUCCUGUCCAUGCUGCAUCAGAUAGGAGCCAGGAAUCUGCCAUUAUUAAUGGGGAGGUGAACAAAGCCUUGAAGCAGAAGUCUGACAUAGAACAUUAUCGCAACAAGCUGCGCUUGAAAGCCAAGAGGAAAGGGUACUAUGAUUUUCCUCAGGUUGAUAACAGUAAGGGACUGACGGAAAGAAGAAAGAUGUAUGAAAAACCUCAAAAAGAAAUAGAUCAUGGUUUGGAUCCAGAAAUAGAUGCAUCUUCUCCAUUUGCAGAGCCUAAAAACAGGCAACAGAUGAAGAAUUCUGUGUAUAGAAGCAGGCAGUCUCUGAACAGUCCUAGCCCAGGAGAAACUGAAAUGGAUCUUCUAGUUACUCGGGAGAGACCACGGCGUGGAAUUCGCAACAGUGGAUAUGAUACUGAACCUGAAAUUAUAGAAGAAACAAAUGUUGACCGAGUCAAUGAGCCUCGAAAUUAUACUAGAUCUCGCCAGGCUAAAGGCCAUUCAGAGACAUCAACUUUAAGUUCUCAGCCAUCUAUUGAUGAAGUUAGACAGCAGAUGCAUAUGCUAUUGGAAGAGGCAUUCAGUCUAGCCUCUGCAGGCCAUGGAGGACAGAACAGACAACAAGAUGCAUACAGCUCAACACAACACUUACCAUACUCUGAGGUUGUGACUAGUGCUCCUGGUACCAUGAGCCGACCUAGAGGAGGAGUUCAGUGGGUACCAACGUAUAGACCUGAAAUGUAUCAAUACAGCUUACCAAGACCAGCUUACAGGUUUUCUCAGCUGCCUGAAAUGAUAAUGGGCUCUCCCCCACCCCCUGUUCCUCCCAGAACAGGUCCUGUGGCUGUUGCCUCUCUCAGGAGGUCGACAUCUGAUAUUGGCAGUAAGACAAGAAUAUCUGAAGCCAGUGUGACCGAGCAAGCCCAGCAUCAUGAUCCUACAUCUUUUGCUCCAAGUUCAAGAGCCCCAGUGUCUGUGGGUCAAUUGGAUCAGUCAGCUCUGAAUUACUCAGGAAACACGGUGCCAGCCGUUUUUGCCAUCCCAGCAGCAAACCGACCUGGGUUCACAGGCUAUUUUAUCCCAACCCCACCCACAGCCUACAGAAACCAAGCAUGGAUGCCCUACGCUGGGGAGAAUGAAUUACCAGGGCAGUGGGCUGACUCAGUUCCACUCCCAGGCUACAUAGAAGCUUAUCCGCGGCCACGCUACCCACAUAAUUCUCCUUCAAGACUUCACCGCCAAUACAGUCAGCCUGCAAGCAUGCACCCCAGUUUGGAACAGGCUCCCUUACCUUCUACUGCAGCUUCUCAGCAGAGCCUAACAGAAAAUGACCCUUCUGACACUCCUCUCACCAACAUAUCUACAGCUGCUUUAGUGAAGGCAAUAAGAGAGGAGGUUGCAAAACUGGCCAAGAAACAAACAGAUAUGUUUGAGUUUCAGGUGUAACCUCAUUGUGUGCUAUGUUCGUAUCAUGUAACUUGCAGUAGCCAAGGAAGUAAGUCCUUCAGUUUUCGGUUUAAAGCUUGCUGUGACUUGUGCCAAAGUGAUGGCAUGUUUCUUUUUCUGAAAAGUCAACUCUGUUGUUAUGGAAUAGAAUGAAACUGAACAGCGGGACUUGAAGAUACCCAUUCUGUUUGCCAGCUAAGGAGAUGCUGCCAGGUAACUGUUUGUUUAAUAGUGCUAAGUUCAGUUUAUGGUAUGCAACUGUUUGUCACUUAGCUCUUGACUGUGGGCUUUCAUUACUAGAGAUGCUACUAAACAUACAUCUGUGUAAUGGCAAAGUUUAUUAAAGUAUUGGGGCACAGAAUUGGAACUGUCUGAAAUAACGUCUGCAUGUCAAAACUUUCUUUCUUUGAUUAAAGAAAACAAUACAGUAGUACUGGGUAAACUGAAGGCCAUAAAACUAAUACAGUAGUGAUCAGAUUAACAGUCCAUUACAGAACACUUGAUAAGGAGAGCUGAAGCCAGAGAAACAAGCUCAGUCCUUCUCUACUAGAGGCCACAUUCAGACCAAAAGAAUAUGAGGUGAAUAAGUAAGAUAAAUAACUUACCCUGUAAAUAGCCCUAAGUCUCAUCAUCCUAUUCACAGUACAAAAGCCUGAAACAAGAGAAGACUGGGAAGAGAGUUAAUUGUAGUUUUGGUAAUUUGUGGUUACAGUGCUCAUUAAAGCUGCUGUUGUAUGACAGAGGUGUUUUCAAUAUUGAGCCUAUACUAUAUGGUGGGAAAGAAAUUAAGAAAGGAAAGGGGUGCUAAAAGCUUCCAGGACCCUACAAAUGAAAAAUGGUUAUUUGAGUUCACUCUAUAUUGAAGAGUUUUUCAUUCUGAAUGCAUGUGAAGCCGGUAAAUUUGAGAGCCUUGGGUGAGCCUAUCCAACCUGGAAGAACAAAUAUGCCUGCUUUUACAAGGAAACCUCUGUUUCACACAGUGCUUUGUACUCUGUCUUGAACAAUGACAUUUAGUGAAGUGAUGCCAGAAAGUACUAACUGAAGCUGUAAUUGACUUUGGUUACACUGGAACAAUGAAUGUGGCAGCGCUAGACAUCUCAGUCUCUACAGGAAGCUCUGAAUGUAAAGGACCUGCUGAUUACAUGAAAGUGUAAAUAAGUAAACAAGUGUGUGGAUUUAAAAAAAUACUGUUGUUCUGUGAAAAAGGGGUAUUUACUGAACCUAUGAGGACUGUGUACCUUGCAAGAUAAAUGCCAUUACCUGUUAUGCCGCAUAUGAGUCCACCCUCCACAAAAAAAAAAAAAAAGCAAUCCUCAUUGCUGAAUGUGACAGUAAUUCAUCUUUUGCAGUCAUACAAAAUUGUGGAAGAUCAAGAAAAAUACUUCAAGUUCCUUCAGUAAUGAGUUGGGGACUAAAGUUGCUUAUGGGGCUCUGGUGUGUUGGGCAUGUUUGAUGUCAAUUGGAGUUAAAGGUGAUGUCCUUCAUCCCAUUAAUUUAUUCACUUAGCCUCAAUUGCAUAUGCUAUUUUAUUUGAUCCUUGUGUUUUCCUAAUGAGUUUCUUUGGUCUUUAUGGAGGUGAAAAAGGGAGCUUGGUUUAGCUUUGUAGCAUUUGAGAGGACAAGGAAAAAGAGGUCGGAAAGUGGGGAGGGUGAUACUGCUGAAGCACAAACUUUUAAAGCAGAGCUAUUUUUUCAAAAAAAUAUUAAUAAUAAAGCCCAUUCCAGCUAUCCUGGAAUACAGAUGUGUCUCUUACUCAAGACCUUAAAUAUUGCAAAACCUUUUGGAAUGCUUGUUGCUCUUUAAACAAAUGUGAAAUUUCAUUUUUGUUAUUUUAAAAAAAAUCAGAUAUAAAUAAAAUGUAUUUUUGUAAUCUCUGUGUAAAUAUAUGCUGUAUAUUUAUAAAAGUGACCAAUCUGCUGCAGACAGGAAAUUACCAUUAAACGGAUUGCAAAACUAGAAAAAAGUUAGUAACUUUAUGGAUGGAUAUUAGCAUUUGAGUCUUGGACUACACAAAUAGGCAGCUGGGUAACUCAAAUGAAUAAAGAACCAAAGAAACUCAGCCUCUCAUAACUAUGAGUCGAUACACUGCUGUCUCAGUUUCCUGUCAGCCAAUUAAUACAAUCUCAUUUGUGUAACACAAGGCAUCCAAAUGUCUUUUUGUGUUGAAUUGUUGUCUGCCUGAAAAUGUUGCAUUUAAAAAUGAAUGCUUAAAAACAUAGGGUCAACCUCAGCUUGCCAUAUACCUGGGUAGUUCCUGUCAGCUUCAGUGGGAACAGCAUUCACUGGCACUGGAGAGAAGUUGUCUGUUAAGCCUUGUCUACAACAACAGGUUUCAUCAAUACAGUGUAAUUUUUUACAGAAAUGUAGUUAAACUAGUGUUUGACAUGAAGAUGUAUUUUUAUUUUAAAACAUCCAUUGCCUUUUGCAAUGAUUUAAAUUCAUUUUUAAAUCACUCCUUUACUUAACUCAGUGCAGUUUAUUGUGUAGACAAGCCAUUACAUGCAAUUGAAGUAAAAUCUUGGGUACCAGUCUUGCAGAAUUACACACUUGCUUGGCUUUAAGCAAUUGAGUAGUCUCAAUGAAUUCACUAUACAUGGGGUUAAAGUUAAGCAUGUUUCUAAGUCUUGUCAAACUGGACCAUAAAACAUUUAAGAAAUUCCAUAUACACAAGGGCUUUGUGUGUCAUUUUAAACAAAAUGUAGGAUUUUAAUUUCAGUCUUAAAUUCCUUUUAGAGAGACAGCACUAUGAUUCCAGAGUUAAAUCAACUUAUCUUUGCCCCAGAUAGCUGGGGAAGACUUGCUAGAUGUUUCAAGUUUUUUCUGUGUAGUAUUGUAUUUGAAAUGUGCUACCUGUUGAAAAUUCCCCAGUUCAUCACUUUAAAUACCACUGUGAUGUAAUUUAUUCACAGAGGAAUUUUAAUCUCUCCAUUCAUAAUGGCUUUUUAUCUUGUCUGUAACAUGUUUCUCCAGUAUGUUUUUUUUUUAAAGUUCAAAAAUAAGGUAAUAUGAAGACAAAAAGGACAUUCCUGGAAAGAGAAAUCAUGUUGUAAUAUUUAUGCUGUCUGAGCACAAUGCAAUGAUGAAGUAACAAUAUAGUGUACAAAUAAUUUGUAAUAUAAUAAACAUUUUGUAUGGCUACGGCUGCAAUAUAGUUUUUCAACCCAAAUUUCAAAAAAAGAAAGCCUAUCCUAUCUACACAGUUAACACUGAUCUCAUUAUAACUGUGGUGAUGCCAUAUUUUCUGGGAAGGACCUAGCCUGAAAGUGACUUCUAACAUCUGCAUUCAAAACUUCUAACAUUCUGUAACAGUUAUAUGUUAACAUGAAAAUGCCAUUUUAGCUUUCUUUUCUGUACAGAAAAUUCUGAUGUACUGAUCAAUGUCCUGUCUUUAGAUUUAUGAAUCAUUAGUACAGUAAGCUGCAAAUGAAAACAAUCACUCAGUAAUAGGUGUCUUUAAUAUAUGUGCUUUGCUGUAAUUAAGCAUAGUAGAACAGUAAUUCUAAAGGUAUAAGAGGGCAGUAUUUGAAACAUAGCUUCUUUUUCCCUAGAUAAACUAAUUAUCUAGAUUUGGGAGAGGUAUUAGUAGUGAGAGUAGAAACAAUAACUGGUGUUUCUUUUUUAUCAUUUUGUGGGAGCACCAUAAAAGUGCAUGGCAUUCAUAUAUCCUCUGCAGAGAUGGGAAUAUACUGUAACCUAAGCAAUUAUCAUUCCUUAUUCAGAAUCACUGUGCAAAGGUGAAAAAGAGAAGUGUAGUGUGGUAUGGAGAAAGGCAAAUGUGAGGAAGAGCUCUAAACUAAGUUAACAGAAAGAACAGAAGUAGAUUUACUGACAAAUAAAAUAAGCCCUGACCCUUGGUUUUGGGGGCAAGGAGAUUAUUCUGCUGGUUUUUAUUUGAGAUGUUAAGAUGUUUGAUUAUUUAGAAUGUAUGUAUGUAAAUCUCUGUGUGUUUAUAUAUUUUUGGCACAGAAAUGUAAAUGUAUGAUCUAAAUAAGUGCAUAUCAUAGAUGUCUGCUGUUCCCAGAAACGUAUGGGCACCUGAAAUCAGUAAUGAUAAUGCAGAUUAACACAAACUCAUUUUGUGUUGCUGACUUUAUGCAUCCUUGCCACAUGCAAGUAGCUUGAGUGCUACAUCUGAUGAUGAUUCAGUUGAUUAAAGGCCUGACCUCA